UUUAAACUCAGAUCGUCCGAUAGGCCACAUUAUAGCUUCACUCUCAAAGGACGAAGGGUAAAACCAAAUCCAAACAAAACCACUGGCCUUUAAAAAUGACUGCCAAUGCAUUUUAUAAUUUGGGUUUGCGCUUCUUCUCUUUGAAAUAAAAACAUCCACAAAAGUUAGACUUUGCAAGUUUUUAACCAUUGGUGGUUUAUGGUUAUUUCCCCAACUGGCAAGUUAACAAACAUAGGCUAGCCUACGUUUCUUCCCCUGUGAAUUUGGCAUUGCACUUCUAAACCUGAAAGGACGCCCAUAGCAACACUAUUUGCGUUUUAAUUUUGUUUGCGUCUGUUGCCGGGAGAAAUGAACAGCGUCACCUCCCAACUGUAGCCCAGGUGUCUUGGACUCCGACUUCUGACCGCACCGUUUGAAUGAAAAUGAGCACUCAAGAUAUUUUAACAAUAAACGUUGGGGGACAAAAAUUCACCACCACAGCGGCAACACUGAAAAAGCAUCCUGACUCCAGGCUUGCGCGUAUGCUGGAUGGUUCCGAUUCUGAAUUUCGAAUCUUUGGCGGCGAGGUUUUCGUGGACAGAGAUGGAACCUUAUUUAAGUACAUACUGGACUACAUAAGGACCUAUCAAGUCUCACUACCACCCGAAUUCUUCGACUUUGAAGGAUUGAAGCGUGAGGCGGAGUUCUACGAGGUGCACGCACUGGCAGAGUUUCUUGGCAGAGGUGGCUGUCGUCCAACGUCAGAAUUAUUAGAGUUGCGCUUCUCAAUUCAGGACAUACACGGAUUCUUUAGAUUAUUCUGCUCGCGGAGCAGCACUCUGGAGACACUGGCCACGAGAAUAUCCGUGUACGCCGAGCAGCCGGCGGCAAAUUGGAAUUGCACCCACCAGCAGCAAAAACCUAUGAUACCUGUGCCGCUGCAACGGCCCUCUCAUCAUGACGUCGUCUUCCAGUGUGGCACAGAUUACUCUUCCGGGGACGAGUUCGCUGCAAGGUAUGUGACUAUACUCCCAGAUGACAGAAAGCUGUUGAACGGAACCAACAUACUUGGUUUACUGGUGGACACGCUUCUGGGAGAAGGAUUCCGACUUGUAAGCACGCGGACAGUAUCCUCAGAAGAAAAGGUGGAGUGUUACACGUUUGAGAGAAAUAAGAUUCCUCACGUUCUUACGAUAAACGAUAGUUAGAGAACAAACAGAACUUAAAUUCACCUAAACGUGUCCAAGAAAACAUGGAGAAAAUAGAAGCUUUCGGCUGUUCGCGCACUUUUAUCAGCCAAAAUAUUGCCUGUUCACGUGUAUAAAUAUCUAAGGAAUUCAAACAACUUUCUCAUUGGGGACACAGGAGCCAGUACGCUAUCGUUUCCCUGAAGGUGGCGACACCGCAUUGUCGGAUGGGGUGAUAACUUUCGAUCAGUAAAAAUGGCGUCAAUAAAAUGUCAAGCUUCAUGUAGAUAACUUCCCAUACUCUACUUUACUUGGACCUAUCAAAAUUAAAUCACUUAAUUGCAUACCUGUUGGUAAGUUUUGAAACAAGUAUUCCCCUUAGGACAAAACUGACGUAGCUUUACGCAAUAAAAAAAAACCAGAAAAAAUUCACGAAAACAUUUUAUUUCAAAUAGCAUUUACAAAUAAACAUUUGUACCAAAACACGGGCGAUUAAAUGUACACGAAUGUCGCACGUUAUCUUCGGUGCAGUCAUGUCAUUCGUGGUCAACACCAGCUGAUGCAACUCAAUUGUAACCGGCGCAGUGUAUCAUUACAUCUUCACAUAUUUAUAGCAAUCAGUUGGUUCUGAAAUGCACAAUGCUGUGCAUCACAGGGGCAAAUGGCGCGCGCGCCCUCGGUAACGCCAGGACACAUCAACACAAUAGAAACCAAAUGGUUGCAUCAUACUUUUCUACAAUCUCUAAAGUGGGAUUCUGAAAACUCCAGGAAACUGGACG